GCUCGAAGGUAUGUUCACACUUAAUUCUGUAUAAAUACAGCCUGGAGUUCAUGUGUGUGGUUGAAGUUUCUUGGCUCCAUGGAAGGAAGAAACAUAUUUCUCGAAGCUGCUUUUGCGGGAGAGCCUGUAGUGAAUCCAGAAGACCGAGGAGACAAAGAGUUGGAAAGGCUGGAAAGGAUUUUCUUUACGCCAAAAACCAGGCAAAAGCGAAAAGCAGACCGCGAUAAAGGCAAGUCUAGCAAAUCUGAAAUAAAAUCCAAAAACAGAAACCUCGAGCUACAGCUGGUAAGGGAAGCAGUGAGCAAAGUUGGAUGUCUUCCCAAACGAGUACUUAGUUACGUCGAGCUUAUGGCCGACCAGCUCGGUCCUGUCGAAAAGGCCUACUAUACAUCCAUUGGCAAGGGAACAGGGCCAACUAAACAGACGGCACUUAGGCGAAUAGGAAGAAAAAUAAAAGAAUGGCAAGUCUCGGGCAACGACAAACCAUCAGUAAAAGACCCGGAGGAUGUAUACGAGAGUAGUUGUAGUGAAGAAUCUUCGCCGAUGGACUUCAAAAACGAUGCAAAGUGUACCACGAAAAGAAAAGCAGACUAUUGAAAGGACGGCCUUUAUCUUGUUGGGGAAGAUGAAAAAAGUAAAGCCUCUGAUGCCAGAAAGUACACGGAGACCACAACCAAAACGGAACGUUCAAGAUUUCUUAGUGAAUUUGAAGAGGAUGAAUUGAUUGCAGAGGAGGAAAAAGCUGGAAAGGGAACAGAGAAGAAGGAAAAGAAGAAAAAGAAGAAAGAUCAACUAGAUGAGCUUAUGGCAAUGAUGCCUACAAUGACGGAGGCUGUAACCAAGGCGGCAAAGGCACAUGAAAAAGCCGUUUCAAAGUGGCGAGGGUUGUCGAUCUCUGACUCUGAUUAGCGAGUUGGAUGAUACUAUAUAUUGACGUGUUAUUUUUCACGAUAAAGUUUUUCUGUUCUCUUUGUUUGCCUGGCGUAAUGUCACUUUAAGUGUUCAUAUUUUCCUCACUAUUUAUUUCUAACAUUAGAGUUCACGCACUAAACCCGUGAAACAAAUACUAACUUUAAAC